AAACGGCCUCUGCAUCUCCACAGCCGGGAGCUGAGCUUCCUCGUCCACGCGUGGGACCUGGCAGGCAGGAAACAUUCAGCCAGGGCGACGCUGCAGCUCCAGCACCGUGGCCAUCAAAAGCGCCAUUCUCAUGUGGAGCCUGGUCGGUCUGCCCAGGCGGAGGUGCUGACUUUCCCACGAUCUGGGCCUGGCCUGAGGCGGCAAAAGAGAGACUGGGUCAUCCCCCCAAUUCUUUGCUCUGAGCAUGAGAGGGGCCCUUUCCCCAAGAACUUGGUGCAGAUCAAGUCCAGCAAAGAAAAAGAGACCACCGUCUUCUACAGCAUCACGGGGCAGGGGGCCGACAGCCCUCCGAUCGGCACCUUCACCAUCGAGAGGGAAACUGGCUGGCUGAAGGUGACUCGUGCGCUGGACAGAGAGAACAUUCCCAGCUACCUGCUGUUAUGCCACGCGGUGUUAGCCAAUGGGCAAACAGCAGAGGAGCCCAUGGAGGUCACCAUCAAAGUCGGUGACCAGAAUGACAACCGCCCAGAGUUCAUCAAGGACAUCUUCCAAGGGUCUGUGGAAGAGGGAGCUAAACCAGGAACUUCUGUGAUGACGGUGUCAGCCGUGGACAAAGACGACGCGGUGGAUUCCUAUAAUGGGGUCAUCACUUACUCCAUCCUCAGCCAGGAGCCACCUGAACCAGAAAGACAGAUGUUCACCAUCAAUAACGAGACCGGCCUGAUCAGCGUUGUUGUGGCAGGUCUAGACCGAGAGAGAUGCCCCAAGUACACACUGAUUCUGCAAGCGACUGACAUGCUGGGGCUAGGCUUAAGUAAUACUGCGACAGCUGUGAUUACCAUCACCGACACGAACGAUAACGAGCCAACCUUUAAGCCACUCACGUACAACGGAAGUGUGCCGGAGAAUGCAGUGGGGGCCCUCGUGGCCACCCUGAAAGUCAUAGAUGCAGACGAAAAGGACACCCCGGCCUGGAAAGCAAAGUACAGCAUUGUGAAAGGGAAUGAGGGACAGGACUUUGCGGUCACUACUGACCCUAACACCAACUACGGUCUCUUGACCACAGCGAAGAAACUGGAUUAUGAGACCAAAAACCGGUAUAUUCUCGAAGUGUCUGUAGUGAACGAAGUCGACUUCUCAGUCCGUCUCCCGACAUCCACGGCCACCGUCACCGUCACUGUGACAGACGAAAAUGAACCGCCGGUCUUUGUUCCACCUGAAAUGAGGGUGUCAAAGCCAGAAGAUCUUCCUGCUGGGCAGCCAAUAAUCCAGUACACGGCCCAGGACCCUGACACGUUCCUGCAGCAAACCCUCAGGUACGCGGUGCGGAGCGACCCAGCAGGAUGGCUGAAAAUUGACCCUGAAACUGGCCUGAUUCAGUCAAAAGCCAGCCUAGACCGAGAGUCGGAUUUUGUGAAAAACAAUAUCUACAAAGCAAUCAUUGUGGCAAGUGACAAUGCGAAGCAGCCGGCCACCGGCACGGGGACUCUCCUUUUGCACCUGGAGGACGUGAACGACAACUGGCCAGAACCGGAGCCCCGAACGUUUGACGUCUGCAACCGUAAUCCAGAGGCCCAAGUGCUAAACAUUGUGGACAAGGAUCUCCCACCCAACACCGGCCCCUUCUCUGCAAAGCUGGAAUUUGGCUCCAAUGCCAACUGGACAGUCCAGACCAACAAGGACAGUCUGACCCUUCUCCUGACCAAGCAGCUGGAGCCCGGGGAGUACAACAUCGCCCUCAAAUUGACCGACGGUCAGGGCCUGUCUCACGUCACAACCGUGAAAGCCGCUGUCUGUAACUGUGAAGGGUCGGCCAAAAACUGCGAUCGAAAGGCAUUUCUGCCAGCAACGAUACAGACCUCGGCCAUUCUGGGCAUCCUUGGGGGCAUCCUGGCCUUUCUGAUCCUGCUGCUGCUGGUGGUCCUGUUUGUGAGAAGGAGAAGGCAGGUGAAGGAGCCCCUGCUCCCUCCUGAGGACGACACGAGGGACAACGUCUACUACUACGACGAAGAAGGCGGAGGGGAGGAGGACCAGGAUUAUGAUCUGAGCCAGUUGCAUCGCGGCCUGGAUGCCCGCCCUGAAAUCACCCGUAACGACGUGGCUCCGACGCUCAUGCCAGCCCCACAGUACCGACCACGCCCUGCCAACCCUGAUGAGAUAGGCAAUUUCAUUGAUGAGAACCUGAAGGCAGCAGACACAGACCCCACUGCUCCCCCAUAUGACUCUCUGCUGGUGUUUGAUUAUGAAGGCAACGGCUCUGAAGCCACCUCUCUCAGUUCUCUCAAUUCCUCCAAUGGAGACCAGGACCAAGAUUAUGAUUACCUGAACAACUGGGGCAACCGUUUCAAGAAGUUGGCUGACAUGUAUGGAGGGGGCGAAGAAGAUGACUAGGUGCGACUUGAAUGGUGGGGUAGAGGGUGGGGGCAGACAGCUAGGAGGGAGAGGGAAAAGAGGCCAACUCUUCCCACGAACUGACUCUGGGUGAUUCUUGCCAAAGUUUCCAUAAUUUACCAAAGCAGACAAAAAAGUUCCCUCUUGAAAGGGGUAGAUUCUGACAGUCUCACCUCUGUGGGAUAAUUCUAAUCCACGUGGGACUGCUGUGCCCUUUCGGAAGCUCCCAAACAGGUUGAGUCAGAUUCUGUUUCUCAAGGGGUGGAGACCGUCAAGGGGAAAAAGCUUCUCCAGGAAAGAGAAAAGUACCUGGAUUCUGUGAAGGACAGAAAGACUCUCUGAUGCUUGGUCUUGUGUUCAGGAGUUUCACCUGAAUCUCUCUGACCCCGUCUUCUUGUUCAUCUUUCCUCCUGCUUGCUUAAGUAGAAAAUCGGGCUUCUUGUUGCAAAAUCAUAUCUUGGAGAACGUGAGGAGGAAAAAUAUGCAAGAAAAAUACAUUUGUGAGAGAGAGGAUAAAGCACAGCUGAUGCUGCGGUCAUGUAAUAAUAGGAUACAGGUUCCUACUAAUUGCCUGAGGGUGCCAGGAACGUUGAGGGGUGACCAGUUCUGCUCGCACGGAUCCAAAUCCUGCAGCCUGGCUAUGGCGGCUAAUUCUCUGAGCUUUCUCCAGGAAGAGCUGUCAGGCACGGCGUUUCCAAAGCCUAACCAAAGAUGUUUCCGCGGACCCUGGGUGGUGGUUCUGCACGCAUGUGACAUUCAGUUUGGGAGAGGAAUUUCCACCUCUCCAAAGGUGGUCUGCGGAAGUGAUGGGGAGUUAUCUCUCGGGAGAGAUGGCGGAUUUCUGAUGGGCGUGGGGAGGCAGAGCUCCGACAUAACAUUUUCCUUUUUUUAAAAAGAGAUCAGAAUAUAGCAGACAGAUUCUCUGGAUGACUUGAUGAUGCACUUUGCUGAAGGAAUUUUCCCUUCCACCGGAGGUCUGCCUGGCUUUUAAAGUAGAGGGGCUUCUCAAUUUAAAUACAGGCCUUUUUGUGUGUGGGGGGUGUCAGGUGGGGAAGGUGUGACCCUCAAAACGUGCUGAGCUGCGGGACUCAACGUCCUUUGCUACGGGUCCUCCCUGGGCCAGAUGGGAGCUGCAGCCUAGCACAUCUGGGUAGUUUGCCACCACUUCGAAUUUACUCCGGAAGGAGCUCCACUGAAGUCACUGGGAGCGAGUUCCAUACAACUGUGAGAAGAGCUGGAGUCCCGAACACCAGCAAGGCUAAGAGGCUUCUUGCAGCAGCACCUCCUUGCUGGGUGGCAAAAAAUCGGGAGCAGUCCCGGAAGCUGACGCCUUUGAAUAAAAUGCGUCGGCCGGAAAGGGUGCUGCCAGACUCCUCCUGAUUUUUUUGCCACUGUGGACUAACACGGCUCUCCUCCUACAAACUCCCUCUUGGGUGAAUCCUUUCAGGGUCCCUAAUCAACUUGCCCCACGUGCCUUUCCUUUCAGACAGUGUCUCUGCUGGUCCUUUGCCUUUCAGAUGCCCAGAAUCCAGUCUUGUGAGGCGUCUGCAAAGCCGUCCGCGUGAACCCUCUUAUUGUGGCUUGUAAGCCAUGGUUUAUAGCUCAAAUGAUGUCUGUCCACAGCCAUUAGCAUUGAGUUAGCAAACCUGGUUUUAGUGCAAGGUGUUACCCCCCAGUGCCUUCUCAUAAACCGCCCAAAUGGGUGGGAGCAGUUGCCUUCCCUGGACAGCCUCUUCUUGACUAUGUUGGCCAGCCCCUCCCUGGCUCUUUCAGGCUUUUGGCUGCGCCUUGUGCCCGAUUCCCAGAGGGGAGGCUCAGCGAUGGCCCAGGGCCCGGCCCAAGCUCUUCCGCCUGGGGCCUUUUGUCUGGUGACCGGGCCAGACACGUUCCUGCACGGAGGCCGUGCAAAAUACAGUUGCACAAAACGGCAUUUGUCCGCCAAGUAAUCCAUUUUAAUUAGAAGCGGUUCUUCUGCCAAGAUACCAGUUGUUUCCUGUGAUGUGUUUCCCACUCUCUAACCCUGAUGCUAUAAUUACUGCCCUAUUGAUGGGCACCUUUUGAAAAGUGGUUUUCUAAUUUUAGAUCUCUAUGUUUAGCUAUUCUUUUUGGAUACAUAUUGUGGAAAGAGUACAUUUUUAAAAUUAUUUUGUUGUACAAUUGCUUUUAAAAAUAAAAUUAAUAAACUUUAUU